AUGUUCAUCGCAGUGUCGGCCCUGAAGGGGCAGACCACUCGGCGAUGCGGCUUUGACUGGCAAGAUUUUCUUACGUCAGGAAUACACAACGUCGAAAGGAACGCCGCGUUGGCGUUUUUUAGAAGCGCGGCCCACAGAGCAGGUCGAGGGCCUCGAACAGCAACUCGUGAAGUUUUCGCCCUUAACGGCAACGGGCCGGGGACCUCUAGGCGACCCGGAGAUCGAAAGCUCGGCCCCAAUAAGGACCUCCUGUCGGAUAUCGAACGUUUCCGACGCCAGAGUCCUGGCAACGCGGAAAAAAUACAGGUUGGAGAGUCAAAACCUGUCGCUGGUAGGCUUCGUAGCUGGCUCACAAACCUGUUGAUUGCAGACGCUUUUUUAGUGUUCUUUUUCAUGGCGUGGCUUGUUGUUGGAGUUAUUCUUCAGUUGACCAGCGGAUACAGCGCGUUGUUGGAUGUUUGGUACAUACUUUGGCAACCAGUUGUGCAGCCAUUGCUCGGCUUGCUCAUGGCAGGUGCUCUCGCUUCGAAAUUCCUGCGCUGA